AUGAGGGCAUUCGUGGAGGUAGAUCAUACUGUAAACCUCACUUGUCUUGAAGCUGGUAUCGCUCUCAAGGAUGAGUGGAAAGAGGCAUGUGCAGUGCAAAUAGUGUCAUUUGCGCAGGACCCGAUAUUCUCGGGUGAGCAUGGGAACCAUAACCGUCGGCUCAUGGAAGAAGCGGUGCAACAGCCGCAGGUGGAUGUCAUCGGGACAACACCCUACGUUGAGUCGUCGAUCGAUGCAUCGAAACAGAAUAUUAUAUGGGCGAUCGAGCGUGCCCUAGAGUGCAGAAAGCAUGUGGACUUCCAUCUCGACUAUAACCUCGACACCGGGAAGGAGGCACUGGUAUGGUUUGUUUUGCGCACGUUGAAGGAGAGGGGGUGGACAUCGCAGUCAACGGAUAAGCGGGUCAUGCUGGGGCACUGCACGCGAUUGACGCUGUUCAGUGAUGAAGAAUGGGGUCUUCUUGCACAAGAGAUCCGGGAUAAUGACCUUCCCGUUAGCUUUGUUGGGCUACCGACGAGCGACAUGUACAUGGCCUCUCCACCAUCUUCGAAGAGCCAUGAUCGGCCACGGGGUACAUUGCAGGUCUUGGAGAUGAUAAAGAAGUAUGGCUUGGACACGGUGAUUGGAAUCAACAAUGUUGGCAACACUUUCACGCCCUGGGGCUCCGAAGACCCCCUGUCGUUGGCGUGUCUAGGAGUGGGUGUCUAUCAAGCCGGGACCAAGGCGAAUGCCCAGCUAUUGUACGAAUGCGUGUCAACCAGAGCUCGCGCAGCAAUCGGACUUUCGUCAUCCGAGGCCUUGGCCUUGAACCAGGGAAGUCGUGCAGAUAUCCUGCUGUUCUAUGACGUGGAUGACACUGGUUGUAACGUGUCGAGACCGCGACAUGGUGUUGCAGGCAUCGUCUGGGACCCGCCAGCCAAGGCUAGCAGAGAGCUCGUAGUUGGUGGCCAACUAAAGGCUUCUCCAUGUUCAUUGUGUCCGAAAUCUGCGUUUGACUUUGUGUAG